AUGAGCAUUUACCGCGAGUCGCGCCUCGGCAAGGCCCUCAGGGAAGCGCUCGGCGAUAUGGUGAGCGCCGAAGCCCUCCCGCCGCACCUCGUCGAGGUGGCGAUGUCCAAGUUCGACGCCGUCAUCGCGCGCAAUCUCUCGGACAAGGCGCUGUCCGAGGCGAGCUUGAUGUCGGGGCGGAGACCGGGAACCCUCGCCUCGGUUUUGUCGCAUCGGCCGCCGUCGGAGCUGCACGGUGAGAUCCGGGACGGCGUGGUCGAGUCGUACCGCUUCGUCGACAACGUCUGGAGCUUUGAGCUCGUCAGCGCGCGCUUCAAAGGACACGUCUUCACCGGCUCCAGAGAGGGCGAAAGGGCGCGGCCGCCUCUAUUUGUUGAGCGCAUCAAGGUCAUCGCCGUGGACCAGAAGCUGGGCGGCGCCGCAAUCUCAGGCGGCGAGGCGGGCCCAUCUACUGCGCCCUCGCUGCCUCAGCGUUGCUGGGCGGGAGGGGAUGGCGGCGCGGGAGGGCCAUGA